AUGGCGAAGAACAAGGCGGUGAAGCCGCCCAAGUCGCGGCCGGCGGCGACGUCUGCGCUCUCGCAGCCGCUGCAGGCCUCAAGUUCCGAUGCGAAUAUUACUGCGUUCGCGCCGGAUGCCAGUCUCUUUGCACAGCUCUCGCAGGCGGUCGAUCGCUGCCGCCUGCGCGUGUACACCGCGAGCCCGGCGGGGCUGAUGGCCGACUAUCUGCUGCCUGAAGGCAUGGCCUGCCACGCGAUCGCCUGGGUGCCGCUCUCUGCUGCGGCGCCCGCCGAACAGGUCGCGCCCAAGAAGCGCAAGGCGCAGGCCAAGGCGCCGGCGCGCUCGGACGCCGGCGCUGCGCUGCACGUCGCGCUCGGCCUGUCCGACGGCACGGUGCUGCUCUAUGCGCCGCACCAGGCCAAGGUUGUGCGCGUGCUGGUCGCUGCGUCGCCGGACAGCGCGUCGUCCGGCGUCAAGAGCCUCUCGUACAACGCCGCGCAGCGCCAGCUCUGGACCGCUACUGCCAACGGCUGGGUGCAUCAGUGGGACGUUACGCAGCUGCACGGCACGGCGAACGAGCGUAUUCCCCCGAUGACACACUUUUUGCCCGACAGCAAGACGCCGACCAGCCAGGUCGCGAGCGACGCUUCCCAGCUCCUUGCUGCGCACCAUGCCAUUACGCUGUACGAUACGACGAGCCGCCCUACCGAGGAGCUGCGCUUCUCGGGCCAUGCGACGCCGAUCACGCACCUCGCCUGGGCGACGGAGGUGGCAUUCGUGAGCGCCGCCGCCGAGGACCGCCACGUCUAUCUGUGGCACACGCAAGAAGAGAGCGGCGCUGGCCAGGCGCGUGCGAUGCUCACGCUUGAUGCGCCUGCGCGCCGUGUGCAUACCUUUAAUGGAAGCGACGCGGCCUACGUGCUGGCCGUGUCGGAAAGCGGCGCUGCGGCUGUGUACCGCCUCCCGGUCGACGCGCGGCCGAAGAAAGGACUCGCGACGGUGCAGGCUGUCGCGUCCGUGCACACCUCGUUUGAAAAGAGCGAGCUGAUCGAUGCCAUUGUCUAUGGCGGGCGCGUGCGCUUUGCGCGCGCCGUGAAAGGCGUCAAGAUCGUGCUGGAAGACGCGCCGCUGUACGACGCGUCCGGCGCGCUCCUCGAGACGAUUUCGCUGCAGGCGACGUCACAGCGUGCCGCCGCCGAGGCCGAGCACGGCACACAGCGCUACAAGGAGACGAACGGCGGGGCGGGCGUCCGUGCCGAGCUGCCCGGCCACGCUGCGAGCGCUGCGGCGCUCGUCGGCACCGGCCUGCUUCCCGAGGCGAGCGAGCGUCUUGCCGACGACCACGACCGCCUGAUGGCCGACGGCGAGCUGGUGGACGAGCCGACGCUCGCGCAGCGCCUCAAGGCGCUCAAGGUGCAGCGUGGCGAAAAGAGCGCGCUCGGGGACGAGGAGAGCGAGUCGCCCGAAGAGCCCGUCGUGCCGGUCGGCGGCGCGUCGCUCGCCUCGUCGCUGACGCAAGCGCUGCACUCGGGCGAUCAUGCGCUGCUCACCUCCUGCCUGGUGCACUCUGAGCCGAACCUGAUCCGCACGACGGUGCGCCGCAUUUCGGGGCCGUUGGCUGUGCGCCUGCUCGAGGCGUGUGUCGAGCGCCUGAACCGCGGCGGCGUCAAGAGCAAAGGCGCGCUUGGCUCGUCGCGUGCGCGCGGCAUUGUCGAGUGGAUGUACCAGGCGAUGACGUGCCACACGGCCUAUCUCAUGUCGCUUCCUGAUCUCGUCGCGCGGCUUUCGCAGCUGCACCACUCGCUGGCGGCGCGCCUUGCGUCGCACCAGCGCCUGCUCGCGCUCAAGGGGCGCCUCGAGCUGGUGAUGAGCCAGAUCGAUAUGAAUAUGGCCUACACCGCCGACGAGGCGCCGAUCCAGGUGCAGGGCCAAAAGCUGGGCAAGCGCAGCCAGCCCGCCGAGCUCGAGCGCCGCCAGGAGGCGCAGCGGACGCAGCAGCGGGGCCAGACGUGGGUCGAGCCGGAGGACGAGGAGGAGAUUGAAGAGAUCGGGCUCGAUGCGCACGACUCGGACGACGAGAUGGCCGUCGACGAGGAGCUGGACGAGACGGAGGACGUGCCGAUGGGCGCUGACCUCGACGAGGACCAAGACGAGGAUGACGACGAGGACGACGAAGACGACCUCGAGGACGAGGGGGCGUACGACCUCGACGACAGCGACGCAGAGCCGUCCGACGACGAGGACGACGGCAGCGCCGACGAGUCGCUCGAGUCCGCGUCGGAGGACGACAUGGAGUAG